AGAAAUGGAAAACUCACUUUUCCUCUUUGUCGAACAUGUGUACAAGAUCACAUGAAACAAGACGAUGUUGCCGUGUAUCAGGAGUGUCAUCACAUUGAGAAAGAAAGAGCUUGGGUAGGCACGUUUGUCACCUUAGAAUUGAAGAAAGCCGUGGGGAUGGGUUACAAAAUUCUGGAAAUCUACGAAGUAUGGCACUGGAAUCAAUGGAGCCAGUAUGAUCCUGCCACCAAGACGGGUGGAUUAUUCACUGAUUAUAUCAACCGUUACCUAAAAAUGAAAAUGGAAAGCAGUGGAUACCCAGACAUCUGCCACACAGAUGAAGAGAAACGUCAUUUUAUAGAAGAGGUUUACAGAAAAGAAGGAAUAACACUUGAUCCGGACCAAAUUAUACCGAAUAAAGGCAAACGAGCGUUUUCGAAAUCGAUACUAAACACACUUUGGGGAAAAUUUGGACAAAGAGACAACUUUAGUCAAACAGAAUACAUCACGGAUCCUUCAGAAUAUUUUCAGCUGAUGAACGAUUCCACAGAAACAGUCAAAGAUGUUCAAAUUGUCAAUGAUAACAUGGUCAUGAUCGAAAAAUUGAAGAAAGAACAACACGUUCAACCAUGCGCUAUCACCAAUGUAGUGAUUGCUGCUUUCGUGACAGCCCAAGCACGUUUACUAUACAGUGUAUUGGAACCCUUAGGAAACAGAGUGUGUUACUUUGACACUGACAGUAUCAUCUACAGACAUCUACCACUACAAUGGAAUCCAACCGAAGGUUCGUCGUUGGGAGAAUGGAAAAACGAGUUACCAGAAAAUGUACACAUCACGCAAUUCGUAGCUGGAGGGCCUAAAAAUUACGCUUACCAACUGAGCAACGGUCAGACAGUCUGUAAAGUAAGAGGAUUUACAUUGAACUACCGAGGAAUGCAACAACUUAAUUUUGAGACGGUAAAAAACAUGGUACGACAUUUGGAAGAAAACAUCAGUAUACCUAUAGAUAACCCACAUAAAAUAGUCCGAUCACGUGACAGAACAUUAUGGACUCGUCCAGAGCAGAAAUUAUAUAAGGCUGUUUACACCAAACGAAUGGUUCAUUUCAACACGAGAGGAGAACCUGAUAAUACCUUACCCUAUGGAUUCACUCAAGCCGAAAAUUAG